AUGAAGCUGCCUGACGAUGCAACGGUUGUGCCGAUCAUUCUUGCAUCAGACAAAACAGCAAUGACGAAACUUCAAAGGGAUCUGGUUGCAUGGCCAGUAUAUAUGACUGUUGGCAAUCUCAGUCGUGAGAUUCGGAGAAAGCAGAAAAUUCCGGGCGUGUUGCUCAUCGGCUUUAUCCCAGUUAUCAGGGGCUUGAGCAAGGCGAUUAAUCCGGAGGACUUGGACUCAAUUGUGGUUGGAGAUUUCAAUAUUAGAUGUAAGGAGAUUGAGGCAUACGAACAUCAGGUUAUACCGAAGACGGAGGACGAUGAUGAAUGGGUGAUUGAUACCGAUGAAUUCUACUCAAGUUACACUAGUAUGAUGAUACCAGAGUUGCGGGCAUUGUUCAAGUCUAGAGGCUUGAAAGGGAUCUCCAAAAUGAAGAAGAAAGGAGAUUUUGUUACUGCAUUAAUGCAUGAUGAUAAUGAUAUUGCAGUUAGCCAGAGUCAGGGUCAGAGUCAGAGUCAAACGGAGUUGGCGCUUGUUAUUGAUUAA